AUGACUAGCAUUCGCAAGUCACACGAUGACUAUACCCUUGGCUGGCUCACUGCUCUCUCACUUGAAAGGAGCGCGGCAGAAGCCGUGCUGGACAAAAGACAUCACUCAUUAGGAGGUAGUCCCGGGGAUGAAAACACAUAUACGUUAGGUGAGAUUCAGGGUCACAAUGUAGCAAUAACUUGUCUCCCGUCCGGGCAGUAUGGGAUCGCCGCGGCCGCAAACGCGGCAUCACGGAUGAGGAUCUCCUUUCCUAAUAUCCAGUACGGGCUCUUGGUAGGAAUUGCUGGCGGUGUACCCGACUCCCCUCAUGCUGACAUCCGACUUGGGGAUAUCGUCAUCGGGCAGCCCACCAGUACUCAUCCGGCAGUGGUGCAAUACGACUUUGGCAAAAGUGUUGAUGGUGUUUUUCAACGCAUAGGCAGGUUGGAUCCACCUUCAUCAGUGCUACUGUCUGCACUUUCCAAAUUGCAGGCAAACCACACGAACAAGAGGUCCAAAGUUGCUGAAUUUCUCCAGAAAUUGGGGGAUUGCAAUGAACUGUUCCGUCAUCCUGGCCAGGACCAGGACCGUCUUUUCAAACCGUUAUACAGCCACAAGGGAGGUGCAAGGACUUGUGCGAACUGCGAUCAGAUACAAGUGAUCGAACGCUCAAAACGGCCCUCGACUGAGCCUAUUGUUCAUUAUGGUGUGGUUGGGACGGGGAACCAGGUCAUAAAGGAUGCUCAGAUGCGGCAGAGGUUGGCAAGGCAAGAACAACUUCUAUGCUUUGAGAUGGAGGCCGCGGGAAUGGUUAAUGAAAUCCCAUCUCUAGUGAUCAGGGGCAUAUGCGAUUACUCUGACACGCACAAGAACAAGCACUGGCAGGGGUACGCGGCGGCGGCAGCGGCAGCGUAUGCAAAAGAUUUUCUUUCGGUCCUUCCCCCUUAUGCCUAUAUAGAGCAGGAAUUAGUAUCAACUGACCGAUUCUUUGUCUCAGAAAACCGCUUUACGCUCACUAUGAACCUGAGCGGUGUACCUGCCAUUUGCAAUUUCGUUGGGAGAAAUGCUGACUUGGAGAAGCUGGCAAGGCUGCUGCUGCCGAAUGCGUCAACCUCGCAAAAGAUUGUCACACUUCACGGAUUGAGUGGUAUCGGCAAGACCCAGUUAGCUCUUCGAUUCAUUCAAUGUCACAAGGAGGAUUUCACUGCAGUAUUUUGGGUCAACGCACACACUCGCGAGAGCAUAGUACAGUCGUUGGCUUCGGUACAUUUACCGCAAUCUACGGACGCCCUCACGAGUGAUCACCCAACCCACGAUGAGGAAUUGGAAGGAAAUGCCAUGGAUGUUAUUUCAUGGCUGAGCCUGAGGGGAAAUACAAAGUGGCUUCUGGUGUUUGACGGAAUGGCUCUUGACUCAGCCGAGGUCCAGAAGUUCUUCCCGAAGUCAGACCAGGGUUCAAUUCUUCUCACGACACAGUUUGCUAAUACUCAAGAAUAUGGGCACCCAUACCGCCUUUCAACGCUUAACUUUGAUGAUUCACUGAAGCUCCUAACGCGCAAAACGGGCCUUCCAAUUAGCGAUAAUAUACCAUCAGAUAUUUAUGACCUCCUCAAUCGAUUAGACGGACAUCCUCUAGCUAUCACCUUAGCAGGAUCUUUUAUAAAUGAGACAGGUGCCACCGUGUCAGAUUGCUUGCAGCAAUACUCAAGCCUGUGGCACAAACAUGAACCACAAAUCCCAGAAUAUAACCUACCUUCCAGCCGUAACAUAAGCACAGCAUGGAUGCUUCCUUUUGAGGAGAUCAAGAAGAGUCGUCCAAUCGUCUUCAAAAUGCUGCUUUUGCUUUCCUGUUUUGACCAACGGGACAUUUGGCCCGAACUCAUCAAAACUGGCCUUCAAGUAAGGAAUUCGCCUUUGUGGUAUACCAGCGUUGCCUCCAGCUAUGACGAAUUUUAUCAAGUAAUGGGUUAUCUUCUUCGCCUUGGCUUACUGGAUAGAAGGCCAUCCCAAAAUAGUUACUUCAUGCAUCCGGUGGUGCAGAACUGGUGUCAAGGAUAUCUCGCUCACUACGACAAACACGAGCUUGUAUCUAUUGCUUUGAGUUCGAUUGGUCUCUGUUCCUGA